AUGGUUAUCUUUUUCCAAUUUUUGUUACUAAUUUUGAUUACUUUGAUCGUAUCUACUUGUGUUUUCCACAAAAGAAAACAAGUUAGUACAAAAAACUUGCCACCAGGUACUUUUGGUUGCCCAUUAAUUGGUGAAACUUACCAAUUUUUGUUCAACAACAUUGAGAAUUUUCUUCAAGAGAGAGCAAAAAAGUACUCAUCAGAGAUUUUCAAAACAAGGCUAUUUGGAGAACCAACCAUGGUUAUGUUUGGUCCUAGUGCUAACAAAUUCAUGUCAAUGAAUGAAUCAAAACUUUUCAAAGUUUGGUACUUGAAAACUCAGUGCAAGUUAUUCAAUCUUCCCGAUCAGAAUCAGAAUCAGAAUCAAGCCCAAGUAGUUGUAGCUUCUGCUCCGGUGAAAAUCUUGGGGUUUCUUAAGCCUGAAGGAAUAGUUAAAUACAUGAAGAACAACAACAGAAUUGAAUCAAUCAUACACAAACAUUUCAUGACACAUUGGGAAGGAAAAACCGAACUAAAAGUGUACCCUUUGGUGAAAUCAUUUUCAAUUUCACUAGCUUUUCAAUUCUUCUUAGGAAUCGACGAGCCUAAUUACGUAGCAAAAUUUGCAACCGAGUUUGAGAACUUGUAUUCUGGGAUUUAUUCAGUUCCUGUGAAUUUUCCUGGCUCUACAUAUCAUAGAGCAAUGAAGAGUGCAACUAAAAUUAGGAAAGAGAUUCAGUUUUUGAUUAAAGACAAGAUUGAAGGUUUGUCAAAUGGAAAAGUUAUGGAUGAUUUAUUAGCACAUAUAGUUGAUGCUGAGAUGAGUGGAAAAUAUGUUCCAAAAAUUGAAAUAAGUAAUAUCAUCAUGGGGUUGAUGAAUUCUAGUUAUAUCUCAAUAGCAAUCACUUUGGCUUUCAUGAUCAAACACAUUGGAUUGAGGCAUGAUAUCUACCAAAGAGUUCUAUCAGAGCAUUUUGAGGUUAAAAGAUCAUCAAAAGGAAGUGGUACAUCAGUGCUAGAUUGGGAGAGCAUACAGAAGCUGAAAUAUACAUGGGCUGUUGCACAAGAAACCAUGAGACUAUACUCAGCUGCACCAGGAGCAUUCAGAGAGGCGAAAACAGAUAUCAUCUAUGAAGGCUUUACAAUUCCAAAGGGUUGGAAGAUAUUUUGGGCGUUUCUUGGAACAAAUAAGAAUCCGAAAUGCUUUGAUGAGCCGGAAAGUUUUGAUCCUUCAAGAUUUGAAGGGAAUAAUGUUCAUGCACCAUACAGUUAUGUACCCUUUGGAGCAGGACCAAGAUCUUGUCCUGGAAAGGACUAUACGCGGUUUGCGAUUCUCACAUUCAUUCACAAUCUUGUGACAAAGUUCAAAUGGGAAGUUAUAACUCCUGAUGAGAAAGUGUCUGGUGCUUUGAUACCUAUCCCUGUUGAGGGAGUUCCUAUCCGUCUUUAUAAAUUGUAA